UAAUGUAGGCGAGUUUCACACCCCUGCUGGAGUGGGUACUGGGUAGGACAAUUGCCAUAUCUUUUGUACUAAAAUGUCAAUGUCAAAUGUACAACAUUAAAACAUAACCUAUUGUAAGUUUUAGAUUUACUUACCUUUGAAAAUCGUUUUAUGAAUAACUCAGGUUAUAUUGAGAUUUAAAUUCACAAAACAUACAAAUUUUAUUACACAAUGGCUGAAGAAGUGCAAAAGAAAUGGCAGAAAGAGUUCGAGAUUUUCAAUAAUUUGAAAAAAGAAUACCACAAGGCUGUGGCUCAAAAGCAACAAUUGGACAGCCAAUUGAAUGAGAAUAAAGCUGUUAAAGAGGAACUUUCAUUAUUAAAAAAGGAUGCAGAUGUCUAUAAACUCAUUGGACCAGUAUUAGUUAAGCAAGACCUAGAAGAAGCAAAACAGAAUGUGGCCAAACGAUUGGAAUAUAUAAGUAAAGAAAUAAAAAGAACUGAUGGAAAUAUUUCGGCUUUAGAGAAUAAACAAGAAGCUGUUGCUGAAAAUUUAAACAAAUUAAAGAGUAACCUUGAUAGUUUAAAGAUUGCUGCCUAAUUUUUGAUAAUAUAGUGUAUAAUAAACUGUAAAUUUGUGUUAA